GCUAGACCACGUGAGAAACCCGGAUGUCAACAAACUAUUUCAGCUACAGGGGAGCGUCAACACUGUUGUUACCAAUUUUUCGAUGGAUUAACCAAUACUUGAUAAUCAAUUCAUAUUUCAAACACUCGUAUUUGCACGUAAUAAUUGGUACAAUGUUAGUGUGCUGUUGAUUGUUUUUAUAGUUGGUUUGCGGCGCUGAUUUUCAACAUGAGAUCCGAUUCUCCUCUCUCGAGCGUCAACGUAGUGCUUGUUAUGGCCUACGGAAGUCUGGUGUUUGUGCUGCUCUUCAUCUUUGUGAAGAGGCAGAUAAUGCGCUUUGCCGUGAAGUCUCGUAGAGGACCACACGUACCCCUGGGCCACAAUGCUCCAAAAGAUCUGAGACAGGAAAUCGACUCCCGGCUUUCCAAGGUUCAGGAGAUCCGCUUUGAGCCACGCCUGCUGUCUGAACAGGACGGUAGACUACAGAGCGCUGGUUGCUAUGACUACUUGUAUAGAAUGAGGGCACUUGAUGCUAUUAGAGACUCUGAUAUUCCGUUCAGUGAGUUGGGAGGAACCCCCACCGCUGUGACUGGGAGGAGAUUCCGAGCCUGGCUUCUGGAGCUGAGGAAUUCUCAUUCUCUGUUCCGCUGCCAGAGUUCCCUCAUAGACACACUGCUGGAGGGCUACCACAAUGCUCGCCAUGGCACCGGGGUGUUUGGAGAAGCAGAGUUUGUCAAAUACAAGGAGGCACUGAAUGAACUGGCUUCUGUUGUGAAGACCCAGUCAAGCUCGGCCAGUCUGAACCUGCAUCACCAGUUAGCAGCUAAAGACCUGACCAGUACCCCCGAGUGUCCCCCCUCCACCUCCCCCACACAGGUCACAUACCUGCCAUCGGUAGGGCAACGUGCCAAACGACCCAAACACUUUCUGGAACUCAAGAACUUCAAAGACAACUACAACACCUUGGAGAGCACCUUCUAAGAACAUCAAUCUGCUAUGGCACACGCUGAUAAAAGAAAAUCACUCGCUACAGCUGCCUCUUACAAACUUCAACUCCCUACAGCCGUGAUGACUACAACUCCCUACAGUUGUGAUGACUACAACUCCCUACAGUUGUGAUGACUACAACUCCCUACAGUUGUGAUGACUACAACUCCCUACAGUUGUGAUGACUACAACUCCUUACAGCCGUGAUGACUACAACCCC